AUGGAUGUGGUGAAGGCUGUAGAGAGCUUUUGCCCCUCAAUGAUUGGGUUUUUCAUUGUGAUACGAACGCUGCACUUUCGUUUAGUUAUGGACGAACUUAAAGUCCUUUUGACUUCUUUUGCCGAAGGAAUUUGGAUAGAUGGUGAAAAAUACCCCCGUAUUGUUAAACGAUGUCAUCGCGUUAUGAGGCCGGUAUUUGUGUACUUCGUCCUGAUGUUCAACGUGUUAGUUUUGUAUAGCGUUAUACCGAUUUUUGUAUUCUUUACUACAAAUCAAACCUUGGAGUCUACAGACAAAAGGAUGCCAUAUUCAAUGAUAUUUCCAUAUGAUGCUCAAACAAAUGCUUAUGUAUAUUUUGUCACUUAUGUGGCUGCAAUUUUAGCCGGUUACGUGGUCAUCUCACAUUUCUAUGCUCUUGAUGCACUCCUGCUAAUGUUUGUCAGUUACUUGAGCGGACAAUUUGAAAUACUACAUGGUGACAUUGUCCGUCUAAUACCAGAGUGUCAUGCUGAGUGGCUGAAACGUUAUGGUGUUGAUAGUGGUGUUAGCAUUGGCGGCAAUGAUGCCGUUGGUGUUGGUUAUGAUGCCCAACCGGAUGCCAGAAGGAUUAAACUAUUACAGGAUAUGUAUACGAAGCGUUUGCAUGAAUUAUCUGCACGCCACAAUGAUUUAAUUAGGUUUAGUGUGCAUCUGAAUGAUUCGAUUUCAUUUCCUCUUUUGGUGAAUGUUGUAAAUUCAACAUUUUUAAUAUGUUUUUGUGGCUUUCAGUUUCUUCUUAGUGGAACAACCUCAUUGGGAGAUUUUAUGUUGUUUUCGUCAUUUUUUCUAUCAGUGAUAUUGCAAUUGUACGUGAUUUGUUCCUGUGGUUCGAUGCUCAUAAAAUAUUCUACGGACACUGCCUUUUAUUUGUACCAGUGUAAUUGGGAGGGUGGUCAGUUGUCGAAAGACUCACCUUUACUACUUAAGCCCGAGGACAUGGAUGCGGCCUCAUUGAGUGCCAAGUUGCCAUUAUGGAAGCACAUUAAAUAUUAUCCAGCUGGUAAGGACUUUUGUAAUAAAUUGCGUUUUAUGAUAAUGCGCAGCCAACGUCCUGUACAAAUGGAUGCCAUGAAAUUUACCAUUUUGUCGUUGGAAGGUUUUAGCAAGAUUCUCAGUUCGUCGAUGUCUUAUUUUGCUUUAUUGAAAACCUUUUUGGAUAAACAAAAGUAA